AUGACUGAUUCCAAUCAAGAACCCGAUCCCUGUAAAAACGGCACAAUGUCAGACUUCACGAACGGCUCCAGUCCAGACAGCGCGCUUCCCUCAUCAGCCGCAACGCCCAACCUGUCCGAGAACAAUACAGAUCUUGAUCCAUCCGACGACCUUCAUACGAAUGGAUCCGUCAUCACCCCGAACGGCAUCGUCCGGUCUCGCAGUCCUGAAGUCGAUGCCGCCCUCAGUCCCUAUGAACACCCAGGCUCAGAUCACGUUAUUCAGUUGUCCAGUAUCGAGCACUGCAUGCCUCGGUCGUACAUUCGCAUCUGUUUUGCAUAUCGCUUGCCAAGCCCAGACGCACUUCCAGCGGUGGUGGAGAAGUUGAAUCACUUCAUUCGGAAGACUGUGGACGCGAAGCCAUAUCUGAGUGGCUAUGUGGUAGCAGUGGACAAUCCAGGAAAUCGUCUGGGUGCAGUUGAGAUACGAUUUUCCGACACGGACUUCCUCGAAUAUCCUCACGUCAGCGUGCGUCAAUUCACUCGCGAAGAGUUCCCAUACACCUAUGACGAGAUCUGCGAACGAGGUCUACCGCCCAGCGUCAUCAAGCCUGAGCUGGUCUCUGCGUUGGGAGAGUCUGCUGAUGAGCACCGGGCCCCGGUUUUCAGAGUCCAGGCAAAUAUUGUGGAAGGGGGCAUCAUCGUGUCCGUGUACCUCCACCAUUGCAUCUCUGAUGGCACAGGGUUUGGCUUGCUCGCUUCAGGCAGCGUGCUGAACGAUGACUUCGCUUUCGACCGUCACUUGGAUACUCGCGGUCACGACAUUCCAAGUCUCUCGAUGAGACUCGACGCGUUCGCUACUCGCAAGAGCAUCGUCAGAAGGGAGCUGUCCUACCCUCUCGCCAAUCAGAUCACCAAUCGAGAGCUGAAGUGGAGGACGGCCCAGCCGAUACCUGCAGCAGAGGAGGCCAUCAAACCUCGGGGUCGUGGCUGCGUAUUUGCGUUUCCCGAGUGCAAGCUGGAAGAUCUGAAGCGAGAUCUCCUGGCUCAUGCCGAUGACGCCUUCAUGACACGGCAUGACGCUUUGCUAACAUUGAUCUGGCAUGGAAUGACGAAGGCCAGGGUCCCUUCUGUGCCGGAGGUGACUACGUCGAAGCUUCUAAUCCCCGUCGACAUCCGCCGUAGGCUGAAGAAGCCACUGUCAGAGUCUUACUUUGGAGCCGCCGUCGAUUUCGCUUCGGUCGAAAUGCCCGUUUGCCACUUGGCGGACAACAGUGUAGCUUCUAUGACCGAGACGGCAUUGGCGGUCCGUAAGGCCAUCAACGCAGUUGAUGAGCCUUAUAUCCGACAGGCGAUUGCCCUGGCAACAUAUCCCAAUCCCAAGAUUGACGUCCGAGAUUUGCAAGCGAGCAAUAUGGACCGAACAGAUGGUGCAGAUAUGUACAUCACGAGCUGGUUGAAGCUGAAGACGUACGAAUCGACUUUUGAGAUGGACCUCGGUCGGCCAGACUGGGUGCGGAAGCCCUGGAGUAAGGAUCCUGGCUCAUGCAUCAUCUUGCCGUACGACGACCGAAAGGACUAUCUCGAGGCCGUCAUACAGAUGGCAGAAGCAGACAUGGCCCGACUGCUGGAAGACCCAGAGUUCAUGGGAUAUGUGAGCAGAUGCAUAGAAUGA